ACAUACCAAAGCUUUCGUGGAUCAGAUAACAGUUUGGCGAUCAAUUACAUGACACAACUUUGGCCUUUUCCGAAACUACCAAAUUUACCGCGUUUCUUAGUACCGCUGCAAUCUAGGCCGAGUCGUUGCUCCACGGUGCGAUGGGGUUUUCAUUGAAGCUCAAGACCAAAUCAGGCCAGCAGCAUAUUGUGAGCAAGCUGCGCGACACAACGACAGUGAAAGACCUGAAGAUAAUCAUUACCGAGCUCACCAAUAUUCCGGGCGACGCGUUACACGUGGUGCUUGGAUUUCCGCCCUUCAAACCUCUCGAUUUCUCCAAUGAAGCGAACCACCUGCACCUGCCAGUGGUGGGCAUCAGCAACGGGGACACACUGAUUGUGGAGGAAAAAUCGUUAACCGCCGAAGAGCGCCAACAGCUGGAAGCUGCCAAGCGGUUGGAGCAGGACGAAAAGCUCGCCCAAGAGCUGGCGGCCCAAGGCACGGACCAUGGCGGGAUUCUGCUGAAAAAGGUCGUCCCGGCGGACAACUCGUGCCUUUUCACGAGCAUAGGUUUCGUGCUCACGGGAAAGGUGGACCCGGAAAACAGCCAGUACAUGCGACAAAUCAUUGCGGCCACCGUCAAUUCGGACAAACAGGAGUACAACGAGGGCAUCCUGGGGCGACCAAACGAUGAGUACUGUGCCUGGAUACUGCAGCCGGAAGCGUGGGGCGGUGCGAUCGAGGUUUCCAUUCUGUCCGCGUACCAUGGGAUCGAGUUUGAUGUCGUAGACAUCACGAACGCCAUCAUCAAUCGGUUCGGGGAGGACAAAAACUAUGGAAUGCGAGCAUUUCUGCUGUUCGAUGGCAUUCACUACGACCCACUGUACCUGGAAUCGACCAAUGGUGAACCGUCGAAAACGAUCUUUCCAAUCGAGGACAAUUCAGUGUACCUGCAAGCCGAGCAGCUGGCCAAAGAGGCAAAAUCGUCACGCCAGUACACGGACGUGAACAAGUUCACGCUAAAGUGUAUAGACUGCGACUGCUUCCUGAAGGGCCAAACCGAGGCCCAACAGCACGCACAGAAAACCGGACACAUUAACUUUGGCGAGGUUUAGACCCACCGAAGGCAGCAACGAAUGGUUCUUUCUUCGAGUGUUUUAAGUUUUCUCAUUGCGGUGUGUGUGCUUGGGUUUGACUUUUCUGCUAGUUUCAACUGAUACAAAGCUUGCAACGCUAGUACUCGUUCAAUUGACCCCUGUUCGGAACACUAGUGAGUUCUCACUGGAAACGGUUCGCAUUGCGCGGGGCGCAGAAAGUGAACUUUUCCCGGUUCUCUCUUUCGAUUUGAAGCUAUACGCUGCGCGAUAUUGUUUAGCAAAUGGGCGAAUAAUGUAAACGGUCACUCAGGUUUUGCAAAGACAAAAAGACAAUGAAUAACAAAACCGAACACACUCUGUAGCUUUGUUUUUUGUAUAUAUUUAUGUUAAAAAGGGAGAAUAAAGGUUCUUUGCUUAGUUUACAGGCCCUACACA